AGUUUUGGUUUCUCUCGGACAACAUGCCACCAUCGGAGCCGGAAGUUCAACCCUUGUUGCAAGAGUUCCAGCAGUUGUUUUUUAUUUCAAAGAUCGUCGGUAUCCUGCCGCAGGACUUGGAGAAGUUUCGCUCACGAAAUGUACUGGAGAAGUCCCGAAGUGGAAUGGUCUAUAUGAUGGCCACUUUAGUGGUCUAUGUGCUGUUCUACAACCUAUUGAUUUACUCCUUCGGGGAGGAGGACCGCUCGCUCAAGGCCACACAAAGCACCUUGACCUUUGUGAUUGGCUUGUUUCUAACCUACAUUGGCUUGAUAAUGAUGGGCACCGACCAGUUGACGGCUCUCCGAAAUCAGGGAAAACUGGGCGAGCUGUACGAGCGCAUCCGGCUGGCGGACGAACGGCUGUUCAAGGAGAGGUGUGUGCUGGACAAUAGCUGCAUUGGCCACCGCAUCCGGGUUAUGCUGAUCAUGACGGUUCUCUUUGAACUAUCCAUUUUGGUGGCCACUUACAUCAAGCUUGUGGACUACACCCAGUGGAUGUCCGUGCUUUGGGUGAUGUCGGCCGUUCCCACUUUUAUCAAUACUUUGGAUAAGAUCUGGUUUGCUGUUUCAUUAUAUGCCCUUAAGGAGCGCUUUGAAGCAAUCAAUGCCACACUCGAAGAAUUGGUGAUGGCUCACGAAAAGUUCAAAAUCUGGCUAAGAGGAGAAUCGAAUAACACUCCGUCCUUGGAUAGCUCGCAGCCACCACAGUAUGACAGCAAUUUGGAGUAUCUGUACAAGGAACUCGGCGGCUUGGACUUGGGCUCCGUGGGGAAGGGUUCUGGGAUUGGAUCUGGUAAAAACAAGGUGGCACCCGUGGCCCAUUCCAUGAACUCCUUUGGGGAGUCUAUCGAGACAGCCUCGGACAAAUACCCAAGAAACCAUAUGGCAUCCAACAUGGUUCACGAAAGUGAGUUGGCAAACGUUUCGAAGGUGGAGGAAAAGCUGAACAACCUAUGCCAGGUGCACGAUGAGAUCUGCGAAAUAGGCAAGGCCAUGAAUGAGCUAUGGAGCUAUCCCAUCCUAUCCCUGAUGGCCUACGGGUUUCUUAUCUUUACGGCGCAACUAUAUUUCCUUUACUGCGCUACCCAAACUCAACCGAUUCCUUCGCUAUUUCGCUCGGCCAAGAAUCCUUUCAUUACAGUGAUCGUGUUGAGUUAUACGUCCGGAAAGUGUGUUUAUCUUAUAUAUUUAAGUUGGAAAACCUCGCUGGCCUCGAAACGGACUGGAAUCAGCUUGCACAAAUGCGGCGUAGUGGCUGAUGAUAAUCUUCUUUAUGAAAUCGUAAACCAUCUUUCACUAAAGUUGCUAAAUCAUUCGGUGGACUUCUCAGCAUGCGGCUUUUUUACCCUUGAUAUGGAGACCCUUUAUGGUGUUAGUGGCGGAAUCACCAGCUACUUAAUUAUACUGAUUCAGUUUAAUUUGGCAGCACAGCAGGCUAAGGAGGCCAUCCAGACGUUCAGCUCACUGAACGACACCGCUGUUUUGGUGGGCUCAGUCACGGAAAUGGAUAAUGGUAGCUCAACGCUGCACGAUCUGGUCUCCACCACCAUGCUCACACCUACGACUGGAUAGGGAUACAGCCUU